UAUUUUUGUUAUUAUAAGUUUCUCUCUAUCAAUUAUAGUGUUCGAGUUUUACCCUUUUUUUGCGUUUUUGUUAAUUAUCUUAUCUAGUAAUUCUCCAAUAGUAAAGUAUUUUAUUCAUUGCUGAAAUGACUUUCCAGUUUUUUUUUUAAAUAACGGAAUCAGUGAAUUUACCAUUGGCAAUGAUAAUUCACGAACAACACUAAAAUACAACGUACGCAGUUAAUAAACUUGCUUACACUGCACAUAUUUUGCUAUACACUGAACUCAGUCGGCGUUUAUAGGGUCCAAUUUGCAAUAUGAUUGGAGGUAUGGUAUUUCAUAUUUAAAUGGCCAGUGAAAAAAGUAUUUAAAUUUUGUAUAUGACAAUUUAAUACAAAGUAACAGAUAAUACAGCAAAUGAUCUUUUAUUAACAUUUUUGUGUCAAAUUAGUUGAAUUUUUAUAAUGUUUUAAUUGAAUCAUAAAUUCAAACGAAAUGUUGGCUCUACUUUUGAUGUAUUUACAGUUAACAUUCUUUUUUGUUGUUGUAAUAUUUUAGAAAUGAAAGAUACAAAUUUAUUCGUGUGUUCGUGUGUUCUCGUAUGAAACAGGUAUUAUCACUAUCACCAGAAGUCCAUUAAUGGACUUCUGAUAUCACUUAUUGUCUGUAUUUUAACCAAAAAAGUAUAACAAAAAUACUGAACUGCAAGGCAAAUUAAAAAAAGGGAAGUCCAUAAAACUGACAAAAUCAAACGCUAUCACCAACGGAACACAAGUGAAAAACAACUGCCAUAUUUCUGACUUGGUAUAGGCAUUUUCAAAGAUUUAUUCCCCCCCCUUACACAAGUUAUCACCUACAAUUAAAAUGGUUUAGAUACGUAGCUUUUCCCGGCAAUAGAAAUUUGCCAUCAUGAUACCAAAGAAAGCUGAUGUUGGCGUUAUCACCAGCAGUUAGUUUAUCUAACUCUACAAAAAAUCGUGAAAUGUGUUCAAAUUUAAAUGACGUAUUGCAAAACUUUUAUAGACUGGCGAAACAAAUUAUACGUUUAAGUUUUCUUCUAAUAACAAUAUGUGAACAUGAGAAGUUUAAUGCUAAAAAAGUUGUUCUAUGAUUAUAUUUAUGAAUGCAUUCGCGUCGCGCAUGCGACAGGAAUAUUUCCACGUUCCUGCAUUGUCAAUCACUUAAAACUCCUAAACUGUACUGUUUUGCGUCAUAUACAUAUUCAUGAAGUUUUCCCACGGUCCGUGCAAAACGUUUUUGGAUUUUUCUUUACCAUAAGAUCUGGGCAUACAUGCAAUUAAAAUAGUCCUGGAAGAUGGUGUCUGAGGGAGAGACCUUGGAUUUACUGUAAAAGGUGGAUUGAAUUAUGAAUUUGAAUUGAAAGGUACGAAUAUUUUAUUACAUAGAACUCAAACUCGGUAUACUCUUUUGGAAAUUAAUUUAGUUUAGUUGACGGCUUCUUUAAUGUUUGUCUUGGAUAUAAUACAUGGAAUAUUUGCCACUGUGUGUUCGAAAUUGACAUUUUAAUGUUACGCACAUAUGGACAUUAUCGCUAAAUUCCUUCAGUAAAAUUCCACGGGGUUUCUACAACUAUCGGGAUUUAUCCCGUGACUGAAUGGUGCUACUUCGGGUGAAAUAGUCGUGCACCCGUUUAAAAAUAGAUUUCCUUGUCAAAAACUAGAACCCCCAUAAUGCAAUUCAAAUUUUGAGAGGGUUUUCUUAACAAAAAAAUGAUGACCAAUUCUAGGUAGUAGUGCGGACAGACGAACACAGUCUUACAUCUAAACCCUUCCGAGUAAAAAUUUCAUAUCUUCUCUCAAUUAUGAAAUGGCUACGUAGAGUUGUAAAUCAGUCAUCCCAUGCUGAUAAAUGGACAGAUAACAUUACUUAAGAAAUUGAAUUUUUUUUUAUUUCAACAUUUUUAUAACUAAUCAUGGAAAUCAGAUAUUAAAAUGAACGAAGGAAAGUUUGUGAUGCAUUAUUUUCCUACACAUUAAAAAAAAUAGAUUUUUUUAUUUUUCUUCCUACAAAAACUUCACACAAUUUAUAUUAGAUAUUUACAUUUGUAAUUAACUAAAUAUUCACAUUUACAAACAUAGAUAAGUGUUCUGUAUUUACUAUUAAUUCAUUCAUGCAACAAUUACCACCUUUUAUCAAGCACAAAACAUGUGGUAUUCAUCGACUAACAAACUUACAAUUUGAGUGAUAAAUUCAUUUGAAAAUUAAGUGUUUUCUUAGUUGUGGGCUGAUAAGCUGAUUUCCAAUCAUACAUUUUUUUGAUGCGAUUUCUUGGGGAUAGAUAUAGAACUUAACAGGGUAUCGGUCAGCACAAGCUUUCUGAUCAAAAGAUUGAGAACCGUUCAAACAUUUUUUUUUCAAAUUUAAAUAUUGGACAAAAUGGAUUACGGAUAUCUAACCUGAUUUUAACCAUUAUCCGGGUUUGCUUUAGUUUGGUAGUCUCUUUUUUAAAAGAAUUGAUAAAAAAUGUAAUUAUGAUAUAAAAGUGAUCAUUGCUAAAGUGCAAAAAAAAAAUAAAAUGAUUUAAUGCAUUUUUUCUUACGUACGUAUGUACGCAGUAAAUAAACUUGAUUACACUGCACAUAUUUUGCUAUACACUGAACUCAGUCGGGCGUUUAUAGGGUCAAAUUUGCAAUAUGAUUGGAGGUACAUGUAUGGUAUUUCAUAUUUAAAUGGCCAGUGAAAAAAGUAUUUAAAUUUUGUAAUUGACAAUUUAAUACAGAGUAACAGAUAUUACAGCAAAUGAUCUUUUAUUAACAUUUUUGUGUCAAAUUAGUUGAAUUUUUAUAAUGUUUUAAUUGAUUCAUCACGUACGUAUGUACGAUAAAUAUAAUGUUUUAUUUUGAAAUGAUUAUUUUUGCAGAUGACACUUGUUCAGAGCAGAGCUUAAAUCGAAAGAAUUUGUACAUGUGGCACAUUUCUUCAUCUUUUUUUCAAUGGGGAGCACUAAUGGCUUGAAUCAGAGAGAGUGAACAAUAUCAUUUAACACUGGAUCAAAUCUUAACAAAAUCCCUGUACUAAACGCUACUCGGAAAGACGAUGUUACCACCUGUGCAAUGUUUCAGUUAUCUAUUACAUGCAUCAAGAGUGCACGUUUCUUUUGUUUAUUCAAAUGAGCAUAAGCUGUCAAAUUCAUGUUAACUGAUUUGACCCAAAUUCUCAUAUUUGGUUUAUAACAUACUAAAACGUAUAUCCAAAUUACAAAUAUUCCAAAGUAAACAAUAAACAAUGCUUUAAUAUAACUGCAUUUCAUGCGUACUUUAGAUUAUACACCAUCUAAUUAUCAAUAGAAAUGACCCCCGGUCAUUUAUUUAGCCCAAUAUAAAAAUAAAUAUAAAUAUGCAGACAAACACGUUCAAUCGUAAAAUGUUUUUUUUUCUAGGUCUGUUUUAUUUCAGGUUAUUGGUUAAAGAAAUAUGUAACUCAUCAUUAAACCUACAUAAGAAUGAUUUUUUUUCUGGGCUAGAUCAGUCCACGAAAUAAUUAUUCAUGGUGUCUUCCUUGUUUCAUUUUUCAAUUUUGUUUUCAAUGUUGACAUUCUUUACUGAAAUACUGACCAAAUGCUUAACAAAUGCGCAACCAAACUUUAUUAAAGGUUAAACAAUAAACAGUUGCAUGAAUGCGGAUUCAAUGAGUUGAACCAUUGACUUGCAAGCAAAUAAUACAACACGAAGUUUUUUUGGCUUAUUUUGAAGAAAUUGGACCAAACUGACAGUUAAUAGCGAAAAAUCAUACAUUCUGAUUUUAUAAAUGUUUAAAAAAUUUAAAAAAAAUAAAUCAUAGCUUAAUUUUUUGUCCAAGUUUUAGCUAGUGGCCGUUUAAAAUUAACGAAUUCUUAGAAGCAGGACUAUUUACAACUUCAAAUGUCUUAUUUUAUAGCGAUUUAAUAUGUAAGGCCAUUUCAAAUUGAACAUUUUAUCUUCAGAACUUUACGUAAAAUAAAUAUUGGACCAAGCGAGCGUUAUUUCUAAUAUUAUAUUUUUCUUCCGAAAUUAACAAUUUAGAAAGCAAUAGCUGAAACUUGUUGAGAGAAAAGAAUGUAAUUUUUUGCUACAAAACAGUAGAGCUAGAAAUCAUUUUUCAACAUAGAAAUACGUAAUUUUUUUGUGAAUUGUGAGGUCGAGCAAAAAAAAGGAAAUAGUUGUUUUCAUUUCAAUGGAGCAAUAAUUCAAUAAAAAUGUUCAGGGAAUGGCUAUAUCUUUUUUUAAGGUUUCAAAUUUUAGAGCGUUGAAAUCUGAAGAACUAUGAAUUAGUUUGGAGUAGCCUAAAUUUGCCUUUACAUCUGUCACUUAAUAAUAUGAUUGCAAAUAUAUAAAAACUAAAAAAUAACAAUAUAAAGUUACAUACAAAAUACUAACAGUUUGAACAUAUAUGAACUCAUAUAAUAAACUCAUAAUAAUCAUCACUGUAACUUUUAGAUGAACAGCCAUACAAGCCUGUUCCUUUGCUUUUUGUGUUUUUAUUUAGCUGUGCAUGUACUGAUUUUGUGUCAUGGAUGGAUACCCAAUAUCCUUUGUCUUUCUAUUCUAUCAUCAUAGAUACCAGACUAAAAGUUUUGUAGGCCAGACGCGCGUUUCAUCUUCAAAAGAAUCAUCACUGACGCUCGAAUCAAUAAAUUUAAAAUAAAAGAACGAAGUUGAAAAGGAUAAAAAAAAGGGCAUAUUAUUAUUGGUGAGUCACGGUACAUUCUCAUACAUAGUGCACAGAAGAUAACUCUUUAUUUUGCUUUUGGUUCAUCAAUCAAAUCACAAACUUAUAUUGAUAUAUCAACAUUCUCUACAUAAAGGAUCCAGAUCAGUUUCUGGCUAUGAAUCAAGUGUUUAAAGUUGGUUCAGAGUGAAAUAACAUUAGAGCACAUGCAGUUUCAUUUAGUUUGAGAUGAUAUGCACGAAAAAAAUCCCAAUUUCAUUAGACGUGCAAUAUUGUUUUUUUCUUUAUGAUCACAAGUUUAUGUUUUGAUCAUCUUUAGGAGUAAAGGUUUACAUAAAUUCAGGUAGAACUUUUGAAAUGAAAUAAAUGUAUUAUAAAAUAGCAAACAGGAAAUGUCAAAUCUAUUGUAUCUUAUUUUCAUUCCAUAAGAUGUCGAACAUUGUAAAGUGGAUUUGUAAUAAAUGUGGACAAUUCAGUACAAUUGAAGACAGGAAAUGCACAGAAUGUUUGGCAGACUAUGCUGAUGGAGUUGUAGCUAAGAUAAAAAGUGAACUUGAACAGCAACAUGUUCAACCGGAGUUAACAACACCUAAAUCUGGACAUUUUGGGGAAGACAGAAAUUCAGCUGACGAUUUUAUGUUUGAAAGGAGCAAAGAUGAAGAGAACAAGCAAUCUGAUAACUUCGACAGAGGUCACAAAUUCAAAGACAAAUCAGAUUGUUACCAAAAUGUUGAAUUAAAAGAUAGUUUUGUAGAAGCUUUAUACGAUUUUUACGAAAGAACAGAAGAAGAACUUACGAUUCGGACCGGAGAUAUUAUCACUCUUUUGAAAGAAGAAGACGAUGGAUACAUGACAGGAAGACUUGGUGAUUGUGAGGGAUUGUUUCCAUCGUCGUUCGUUAAACCAUAUGAGAAAACAAAACAAGAAAAAAGACUACGCAUAAUUGAAAGAAUAGCUGUUCACAGUAACGUUGGCAAUAUCUUGGACUUAGAGGUUGGCUGUGAAGUUUGCUUAAUCAACAAAGCUGGUGAUUGGUACUGGGUUGAGUAUAGAGAAAAAGAAGGAUGGAUUCCGGUUAAUUCUGCUGAUUUUAUAUCCAAUAGACCUAAGGAAGUUGAGUAUGUGGAAGCACAAUACGAUAAUGAAAUCGAUGGAGAUGACAUUCUGACAUUUGUGAAAGGAGAUAUUAUUACAGUAACUGAUAAAAGAAGUGAUGGCUUCAUGAAUGGACGAAUUGGUACCCUUGAAGGAAAAUUCCCUGCGAAUUUAGUAAAGCCGUUUCACAACAAUCCAGAACGGUCUUUGCUUGUUGUCACAGCACCUGAAUGUUAUUAUGAUGACAUAUUAAGAGUACCACCUGGAAAGAUAGUUACAUUAAAAAAUAAAUAUUCAGAACACUUUUGGGUGGAAUUUGAAGGAAAAGAAGGAUGGAUUCAAGUGGGGUGUGUGGAUUUUGUAACAAGGGAUGAAGAUUCACCACCACCACUGCCGCCUCGUGACGAUCACAACAGAGUUGAGAUGCGGAAAAGCCAAGAUGUUGGACCGCCACUUUCACCAGAACCAUCAAAAGGUCGACAAGAUAAUGAAAUUGACAAUGGAGAUGAAAUUCGAAUCAUACUGCUAGGAAAAACCGGAUCAGGCAAGAGCGCUACUGGAAAUUCUAUUUUAGGAGAAAGCUAUUUUGAUUCUUAUGUCUGUGGAAAAUCCAUUACUAAGAUAUGUGAAAAAUUUGAUGGCAUUUGUAGUGACAAAAAAUUAGUGGUAAUUGAUACACCCGGUUUAUUCGACACAACGUUAUCUCAUCACGCAAUUAGUUGUGAAUUAAUUCGCUGCGCUCAGUUGUCAUUACCAGGGCCACAUGUAUUUUUGAUUGUGCUGCAGAUAACACGGUUCACAAAGGAAGAAACAAAGGCUUUGCAAAAAUUGUUCGAGAUUUUUGGUACACCCAUGGGGGAGUAUUCUUUGAUUGUUUUCACCAGAUCGGAAGAAUUAGAAAGAGAAGGGAAAAGUAUCAAAUCAUUUAUUGAGGAAUCAGGCCCACCUCUCACCGAUUUCGUUGGGAAAUGCAAGAAUCGAUACAUUGGGAUAAACAACAUUGCAACUGGAUCAAACAAAUUUGAUAUGGUGACGAAAGUGGUAAAAGCUAUUACAGAUAUAGUAAAUGAUAACAACGGUGGUUAUUUUACCAACAAAAUAAUUGAUGAAGCCAAAGAAGUCCAUGUCGCUUUGAGUGAAAAAAAUGCCAUACAGGUACUAGACAAAUUAGAUAUUAACUCAGAUGAGGAAGCGGAAGAAGAUUUUGACGAAAAUGAAUUUGACAUUACUUCUUUGCAAAGCCAGGAUUCUGGAGUGUCCAUAACAAAUCAAUUUAUAUAUGAUGAAGUAUAUGUAGGAUGUAAUAGUGAGGAGACAGAUUUGAACAAACUUAUUGAUAAAACUGAAAGGGAAAUUCUGAGCAAUGAGGAAUUAAAAAAAAAUAUACAAGAACAAAAGGAAGAGGAUGUCAAAAAUAUCGACUUGCAGCUGAAAAGUAAAAAGAAAGAGUUCACAGACAUAACCGAAAAUUUAAAGCAAGUGAAAAACCAGCGUCGUAAACUGGAGCAGCAAAAGAACGAAAUUAAGAACAAAACAAAACACGAUAUUGACGAACGUGAUUCAAAAUUGAAACAGCUGCACAAAAUGAAAAGAACACUUGUGAAACAGAAAUAUAAUUUUCAGCGAAAUAAAAGGGAGUUAAGACAGAAUCUUUCAAAAGAGUCUGACAGUUUGCAAACCAUGAUGAAAACAAAUGAAUACGGCUGUUUGGUUAUGUAGAUUUCGAGUUGCUGGAAAAUGAAGAUUAACAAAUCUAUAAUAAUGAUUUUAACUGAAAAAAUAACAAAUUUUUAGAUUCAGCAUUUUCAAUCGAUUUUCAAAACAUUUCCCUUGUGGAAUAAUUAAAACUUUUGUGACCUUCGCUUGAGGUACAAUAAGAAUUCCGUCAGUAUAUUUUAAAAAUGUAAAAUUUUAAUUUACUUAACGAUAGGUGCCACAUGUGAGCAGGACCUGCUUACCAUUCCGGAGCACCUGAGAUCACCCUUAGUUUUUGGUAGGGUUCGUGAUGAUCAGUCUUUUUUUUUUUCUUCUAUGUUGUGUUUGUGUACUGUUGUUUGUCUGUUGGUCUUUUUUAAUUUUUAGCCAUGGUGUUGUCAGUUUAUUUUCGACUUAUGAGUUUGAAUGUCCCUUAUAGUUCGCCUUUCUUUUACUGAUACUUUUGCUUUUUAAAAGCUAUGCAAUUCUUUUUGUGACCAUAUGGUAUUUCUCUUUCAGAAACACGGAACUGCAUUUCAAGCAACCUUUCUUUGCUUAAUACAUUUGCAUUUUUUAAACUGAUAUGACAAGUACAGAAAACUCUUCUAGUUAUAUAUAUAUAUAUUUUAUUUAAAAAUGAGGAGAUGUGGUAUAAUUGCCAAUUAGACAACUAUCCACUAGAGUUAAAAUGAUGUGGUAGUUGUUUGGUUUAAAAUCAAGUAUAUUAACUGUUUUAGCUUUAGUUUGAGAGUCUUUCAUGUUUGAACGACAGAUAUGUAAAUAACAUAAAAACGCCGUUUGACAAUUUUUACAUCUUUUGAAGGUUUUGUGUGUAAAGAUCUUUAAAAGAACUUUGUCUUAUCUGAACACAUAUGUUUAAAAAAUAUUUAAAGCGUUUGUUUCAAGAAAUUGAUGCACAGAUUGACUUCGUCAAUUUUUAGUAUAUUUUGUUUUAAUCUCCAUCAACUUAUUUUUUUUUAUUUUGCAUUCCUCGUGUUUAAUUUGAAACACAA